AUGAUUGACAUGACACGGAGUGCAGAGCUCUUGAGCUCCGGGCUUGUCUCUGCCCCUAUCACUGUAAUCCUCCUCUUAGUCUUCUGGAGAGCCUGGAUCAUUGUCUACCAAAUCUUCUUCCACCCCCUUCGAAAAUACCCCGGACCAAUUCUCUAUGCGGCCUCGCGCCUUCCUCAACUUUCUCACUUCAGUCUCGGAAGCUCGCAUAGCAUGGGUGUUCGUCUACACAAGAAGUACGGGCCGAUAGUACGCAUUGGACCGAAUCAACUCAGCUACAUCGACCCUGGAGCAUGGAAAGACAUCCAAGGACACCGGGUCGGUGGUCGUGGCGGGUUCCCUAAAGACAGGGCGCUCAUGGGCCACCAAGUGCACUCUGAUAUCCUGCAUGCAGAUGACGCAACGCAUACACGACAACGCCGUAUUUUCUCUCACGCUUUUUCUGAGAAGGCUUUAAGAGAGCAAGAAUCACUCAUUCGUGGAUACACAGACCUCUUGGUAUCCAAGCUAGGAGAGAAGGAGUCCCAGCGAGAUGGGCAACCAAGGGAUAACGCGAAGACUGUCGACAUAGUGAGGAUGUACAACUUCAUCACCUUCGACAUGAUGGCCGAUCUCACCUUUGGUGAACCACUAGGGAUGCUUCAAGAUGGGGACUAUGUGCCCUGGGUAAGCAACAUCUUCUCGAGUGUCAAAUAUAUGAUCAUGGGAACCUUCUUGCGGGUCUACCCAAUUUUCGGACUUCUAUUCGCUCCACUGCUGUCGAGUUCCCUGAAAGCAGAGAUGGAGAAACACACAAAGUAUUCCAACGACAGGGUAGAUCGCCGAUUACAGUAUGACAAGGACAGAGGGGAUAUCUGGAGUCUCGUUCAACGAAAUGUUGACCUCAACAACAUCUCCCGAGGGGAGAUGUACGCCAACGCCCAAAUCUUUAUGAUUGCCGGAACGGAGACAACAGCUACGCUAUUGAGUGGACUUACAUUUCUUCUAUGUCACAACGCCGACAAAUUGAGGAAUCUUUCUGAAGAGAUUCGGUCGCUUCAUCUUCAGGACCUGAACAUCAUCAACCUGCAAAAGCUUCCUUAUCUCAACGCGUGUCUGGAAGAGGGACUUCGCAUGUACCCCCCGGCUCCGGGUGUGGUGCCUCGGGUGGCUCCUCAGGGAGGAUCAACUGUUUGCGGGCAAUUUGUCCCAGAGGGAACGGCUACAAGUGCCGCACAGUACGCAGCUUACACUUCGACCUAA